CGGAAAGAUCCAAAGCAUAAGCCUCGAUUUUUAAGUCUUGACAGCGGAUUAGAAUUUGAAUUACGUUUCUACUCAUACCUGUCUGGAAUUCGCACUCUACAACUUCCAGUUCGAUUUUUUUCGUGAGUCUCAUACCAUUUGCACCUUCGAUCGCUAGGUAGGGGUAUUGGUAGUUUCAUUUAUCAUGUUGAAAUCAGCAACCGAUACAAGGAAGAAGUUCAAGUCGUAAGUAAGCUUAAGCUCGCACCACCGCACACGGAGAAUAAGCAUGUCCUCCGCAGCCCCCGCAGCCCCGACCGCCACUAUCCGGGUCCGGAAUUUUUCCGGUAAGGAAGUGAGCAUGACGGUCAACCCGGAAAAGUGCAAAAGCGUUGGCGAUUUGGUCGAAAAUUUUUACGCACAGAGCCUCGUGCAAAAGUUUUUUGACCAUGACCAGCUGUUGCCGCCCAAGCACCGCCUGAUGUGGUUGAAGUGCAGCGAAGAAGAAGCCUCUGAGAGCGAAGCGCCCGCGAUGGACUUUCUAACGGCCGAUGCCGAGUUGCAGCUGGAGGAUUUAUCUCAGGAAGGCGCUAAAGAGGGACCGGUGUUCCAGUUUGCUGUACAGGCCGCGCGAGACUGGCAUGGCGAGCUCGAUUUUCUUGUGGGUGCAAAAGAAGUAUCGAACGCAGCUACAGAAAAAGACAUCCGCCGCCUUAUCAGACAUAGGCUACGAAGCGUCGAAGCCUUCUUCGAUCACAUGACACUGCGGGAUGCCCAAGACUUUAUUUUCGAUAGAGCGUAUCUGGUUCCUCCAUUGCGUUUUGCUACAGACUACAAGGACAUCAGCCAGAACCCGUGGGACAGCUUUUUGCUUUUCCUGACACACAGUCUCCCGUACGACGAGUACGGCGACGGCGACCAGGACUAUUUUUUACGCGGCACUGGAUAUGACCGCCCAUCUUGGGCUCUAAUGCGAACAGCUGUCGAGCUUCCAGUGCAAGAGUGGAAGAAGCAUGCCGUCGACUCGUUGUUCUUUCCCCUGCACAAACUCGACAGGUUUGCAUAUGAGUGCGUCCACGAUUUUUUGUUCGCGAAACGCUGCGAAAGACGCGGUGGCUGGAGUGGCGUUGAAGCAGUUCUGAAGACCGCACUGAGCGUCUCCGAAAUAACCACGGGUGCAGCAGCGGAGAUGAUUGCGGCCCAUUUCGCCCCGACAGAUCGUGACGGAGGAACGUACUCGGGCUGGCUGCUCAGAAACGGAAACAACGCAUCUGCGGCAGCUAGCCCUGAUCUGUAUGUCGGCAGAUUCUCGAAUCAACGCAGCGCAGUGUCUCUGCUUCUGCAGUACCUUCAUGCUAGAAGCAAGCUCUGCGCUUUUUGCGAGGCAGUUGGUGGCCUUCUGGGAUUGGCAACUUCAAAGGCGCGAUGCCUGACGCUUACAGACGAUGUGGCUAGGGGCGCGCGGUGUAAUUCGGCAAGGCCGGCAGCUGACGACGGUGUCGCACGAGAGGCUGCAGAGCGGCAGGCGAACAAAGAUCUACGCAGACAACUGAGACGGGUCGGCAACACGCUUGGUGGCCAGCCAACUUACGCGAUCGGUACUCUGCUUCUGUUAGACAGCGAAAUCAGGAAGGUUGCGCCAUCGUCAUCGCACGACUUCAGUCGUAUCGUCAAAGAACUGGAAGAGCACGCUGCCAAAGUAAAAACUGACGUGGUGCAGGCUUUCGAGGACGUUGGCCUGGCCGCCAAAUUUCGGAAAAUCCUCCCAUUACUCUCGGCAACCAUGACUUGGGACGAUUGUGCUGCGUACUUGCGGCGCGAACCUCCCUCGGAGCGCCUGCUUCUAGGACCACACCCGCACAUCGUUGCUGCAACAGAGGACACAGAGGUCAUGUGACGAGUCUUCGGGUGACUCGUGGGAAGAAGAAGACCUGUUGGAUGAGGAGUGAGAGAACCUUGGCGAAGACGGUAACUUGGUGGAGAGGGCACAAGAUGAAGAUACAUAGAUGGUCAAGAUAGAGAUUAUGCCGCCAGUGCUGCUGCCAUCCCGGAAGUCUCAAAGAUGGAAGAAGGCAAGUGAUACAUGCAACUUUUGUGAUGAAGAGAGUUACAAUAAUCGAUCGUUGCGCUUUCAAACGCGACCCAGGCACCCAUUCUUUCACAUUAUUUUCGAGAAUGAAUUGACAACCGAUUUCGAUUUCCCUUUUUACUUCGAAAUUACAGAAGGACCACGGGGCGUUACAGUUUUUAUCGUGUCUGUUAGUGUUGGCGAAGCCGCAGACGCGCGACAUUGUUCAGUGUAC